AUGGUUUCUGAUUUGUUCCACUUGCUCUUGUUUCUGACACUAUACAGUGGGAGCGAUUCAGAUGUUAUUAGGGCAGAGCCUGCCUGCAGUUACCAAGACGUCUUGGACCACCUGAACCUGACCAGAGGCAACGAGCUGUACGUCAUGACGCGGCCGGUGAGGAACUACCGGCGACGCACCCAGGUGUCCCUGGAGGUUCUUCUCUACGCCAUCCUGGACGUGGUGGAGAAGGAGCAGAAGUUCAUCCCCUACGUCCAGACGGCCACGAGGUGGCGCAACGAAUACAUUUCCUGGGAUCCCCAAGAGUUCUGCGGGAUAGAUAAUGUGUCUCUUCCCGCCGAGGUCCUGUGGAAGCCCGACCUCACCAUCGAGGAGAUGACGGAGACGGACAAAGCCCCGCCCACUCCCUAUCUGACCAUCAGCGCUAAUGGCUUCGUGGAGGUCCAUUACGACCAAGUCCUGGUCUGCACCUGUCGGAUGCACAUCUACAAGUUCCCCUUCGACACGCAGAAAUGCAACCUCACCUUCAAGUCCGUCAUACACACGGCCAAAGACCUGCUCCUGAAGGCCAGCGACAACUCCAGCGAGGCCUCCGAGUCGUCGCGCGAGCUGAUGAGGACGCAGUACGAGUGGGUCUUCCUCAACAUGAACGUGGCCGUCUACAACGCCAGCGCCGACGCCGACCAGGACAAGAUCGUCUACACGAUCACCAUGAGGAGAAAACCCAUCCUCUACAUCGUCAACUUCGUGUUGCCCGUCCUGUUCUUCCUGGGUCUGGACUUGGCCUCCUUCCUGAUCUCGGACAGGGCCGGGGAGAAGCUGAGCUUCAAGAUCACGGUGCUGUUGGCCGUCACCGUCCUGCAGCUCAUUCUCAACGAAAUCCUGCCGUCCUCCACCAACAGGAUCCCGCUCAUCGGCGUCUACUGCAUCGGCAUCUUUGCUCUGAUGCUGCUCAGCCUCCUGGAGACCAUCUGUGUCAUGCACCUCAUGCAGAGAGACAACCACAACUACAACCACGCAGACGGCGAGGAAAACGGCGGCUUUAGCAAACAGGCUAACCUUUAUAACGGAGGUGGGCUGGACUGCGGAGGCAUCUACUCCAUGUCCGCCAGCGAAACUCUGAACGCCACGUUGCCCGGAGUCAGAGAGAGUCAGAGCGGCGUGCUGUGCCAGACGCUGGAGAAGUUGUCGGACGAGCUGAAGGCCAUGGAGAGAACGCUGAGGCUGCUGCACGGCGGCCAGAAAGAGGAGUUGGGAUACUGGAGCCGACUGGCCAGGAGGAUCAACAGGAUCUUCUUCGUCUUCUACGUGACUCUGGUGGUCCUCUUCUUAACGCUGCUCUUUACCAAAUGGACCAGUGACUGAGAAGGUUUUCAGGCCCAGCUUCUUCACUAGCAGCAAAACAUAUAAGGACAUAUAAAAUGUCGUAAAUAACACAAUUGUAUUAUUAACACACACAAACACAGUGCGGUACAUCAUGAAGCCGACAGCAUGUACAAAACCCCAAAACCAGAGAAGUUGUCACGUUGCGUAAAUGGUAAAUAAAAACAGAAUAUAAUGAUUUGCAUAUUAUUUUUUAAAUUAUAUUAAAUUAAAUAGACCGCAAAGACAAUAUAUUUUACAUUUGAACUGGUAAAUGUUGUUAUUUUUUGCAAAUAUUAGCUCAUUUAUAAUUUCGAUGCCUGCAACGUCUUUCAAAAAAGCUGGCACAAGUGUCAAAAAAGACUGAGAAAAGUUAAGGAAUGCUCAUCAAACACUUAUUUGGAACAUCCCACUGUCGGAGUUCGUUGGUGACGAACCCCGAGAUGCAGAGAAGGAGGCAGGCAUUUUGCAGGUACACAUGAUUUAAUUAAAAUACUAGAACAAGAACAAACAAAAGGCUAAUAACAAAAGGCGCGCACGAGGCGGAUAACAAACUUGGCUAAGAACAAAACCACUUAAUGUGACAGGACGGAACUAUGGCAUGAACAGAGUGAAGAGAAGUAGACAAAGCUACAAGCGACAAGACAGGUAGUGGUGACAUCGACACCACACCACACCACACGACACGACAAGUAAAAACAGGAGUGGGCUGAUUGACACCAGGUGUGGCCAGGUGCCAAUCAGCCGCAGCUGAGGGGACACAGCACUCAGGGAGAAAGACAGGAAACCAACAAAAUAAUAGCGCUGACAGGAAACACUACACACACAGAGGAAACAAAGCCAAAUUGCAGAGGAAACAACUAAAACAUAGUCAAACUGUCAGGGACAAGCCUGACACCCACAGGUGAACGGGCUAAUUGGCAACAGGUAGGUGCCGCGAUUGGGUGUAAAAGCAGCUUCCAUGAAAUGCUGAGUCAUUCACAAACAAGGACGGGGCGAUAAAUGCGUGAGCAAAUUGUUCAAGAACAACAUUUUUCAACCAGCUAUCGCAAGGAAUUUAGGGAUUUUCUCCAUCUAUUGUCCGUAAUAUCAUCAAAAUGGUUCAGAGAAUCUGGAGAAAGCACUACACAUAGGCAGCAAUGCAUCAAAAAGGGACAUCAGCGUGUAAAGGAUAUCACCACAUGGGGUCAGGAACACUUCAGAAAACCGCUGCCAGUAACUACAGUUGGUCGCUACAUCUGCAAGUGCGAGUUAAAACUCUACUAUGCAAAGCCAAAGUCAUUAAUCAACAACACCCGGAAACGCCGCCAGUGUUCCCAAACGUUUACUGAGUGUUGUUAAAGGGAAAGGCCAUCUAACACAGUGGUGUGUGAACAUUAAAUAUAUUUUCUUUGCGGUCUAUUCAAUUGAACAUAAGUCAGUCAUUCACAAACAAGGACGGGGCCACUUUGUCGACAAAUGCGUGAGCAAAUUGUCCAAACAGAUUAAAAACAACAUUUCUCAACUCGCUAUUGCAAGGAUUUUAGGGAUUUCACCAUCUACGGUCGGAAAUAUAAUCAAAAGGUUCAGAGAAUCUGGAAAAAUCACUGCACGUAAGCAACAAGGGCGAUUUCUGAACUGAAACACAAGACAAGCUGGUUGAAAGGGAAACAAUGUUUAUGAGGGCCGGCAUGGAACAGAACAGACAAGCCAUUGUAACGUCUGCUUGUGGAAAAACUAAAUCCUAAUCUACGUUUUGACUCCCUUGAAUGGCCUUGAUGCAACAGGGACGUUUUUGACCUCCCUCCCUCAUCAACGACACUUGGAGUCGAACGGCCCCAGGCCUAUGGGCACUACAUCAAGUCACCCAAGACAAUGGGCAUAUACACACAAACCCCACGCCUUCACCACCGCUUGAUUCCUCCUUCGAGAUGAUUGACAGCUGACAGCCCCCUUAGGAGCCAAGUCUAGAUUGUAUUUUUUUUUACUUAUAUUCUUCCCCAGUGUUUUACCUCCCCCCCACCCCCCUUUUACAGGGCGCCUUGUGGCGACCCAUCAGCGCUGCGGUUCUGUAAUCCUGUACACUGUUUAUUUGUCUAAUCUUGAACGGGUUUGUGCUGAAUACAAAGUUUCUUUG